AGAUUCAUUCGUCGCAUGACGAGGUGUCAGUGAAAUUGGGUGGGCGUGGCCUUGUGGAGAGGAGGGAUACUUGUCUGAGAAGGGGGUGAGUCGGCGAAGUGAGUGCUUAGAAAGUUAGAGGCGAUGAGAAGGGAUUGAAGCACAGUGAGGCCAGAGGACGGGCAGAGUGUGCAGAGUAAGAAGAAGAAGAAGAGAGAGAGAAAAGUGUGUAGGAGUCUGGGUGACAAUAGGAGCGUGACAGUGUCUGUCCUCUUCUCUGCCCCGCGUCCCCCCCAACUCUUUUUACUUUCUCUCCCACUUUCUCUGUGAUCUCCUUCGGGAGGGGACUGUCAUGUCCUCGAUACUUCCCUUCACUCCCCCCAUCGUCAAGAGGCUGCUGGGAUGGAAGAAGGGAGAGCAGAACGGGCAAGAGGAGAAGUGGUGCGAGAAGGCAGUGAAGAGUCUGGUGAAGAAGCUGAAGAAGAGCGGACAGCUGGACGAGCUGGAGAAGUCACUGACCACCCAGAGCAUCAGCACCAAGUGCAUCACCAUCCCCAGGUCUCUGGAUGGAAGGCUUCAGGUGUCCCAUCGUAAGGGUUUGCCCCAUGUCAUAUACUGCCGCCUCUGGAGGUGGCCAGAUCUGCACAGUCACCACGAGCUUCGAGCCAUGGAGGUGUGUGAAUAUGCCUUCAACAUGAAGAAGGACGAAGUGUGUGUGAAUCCUUAUCACUACCAGAGAGUGGAGACUCCAGUUCUACCUCCUGUGCUGGUUCCACGAAACACCGAAAUCCCGGCGGAAUUCCCAUCACUUGAUGAUUACAGCCAUUCCAUUCCAGAAAAUACAAAUUUCCCAGCAGGCAUCGAGCCACAGAUAAACUACAUUCCAGAAACUCCUCCUCCUGGUUACUUGAGUGAAGAUGGGGAAACAAGCGACCAAAUGAAUCACAGUAUAGAUACAGGGUCUCCAAAUUUGUCUCCAAACUCUAUGUCUCCUGCUCAUAGCAACAUGGACCUGCAGCCUGUUACAUACUGCGAACCGGCCUUUUGGUGCUCCAUCUCCUACUAUGAGCUCAACCAACGCGUAGGGGAGACGUUCCACGCUUCCCAGCCCUCCAUGACAGUGGAUGGAUUCACCGACCCUUCCAACUCUGAACGUUUCUGCCUGGGGCUGCUGUCCAACGUAAAUCGAAAUGCAGCUGUGGAGCUGACACGGAGACACAUCGGAAGAGGCGUGCGGCUGUAUUACAUUGGAGGAGAAGUGUUUGCUGAGUGCCUCAGUGACAAUGCCAUAUUUGUACAGUCCCCAAAUUGUAACCAGCGCUACGGUUGGCAUCCUGCCACAGUCUGCAAGAUUCCACCAGGCUGUAACUUGAAGAUAUUUAAUAACCAGGAGUUUGCUGCUCUUUUGGCUCAGUCUGUAAACCAGGGCUUUGAGGCGGUGUAUCAGCUUACUAGGAUGUGCACCAUACGCAUGAGUUUUGUCAAAGGCUGGGGAGCCGAAUACAGGAGACAGACUGUGACUAGCACCCCCUGCUGGAUCGAGCUGCACUUGAACGGGCCCUUGCAAUGGCUGGAUAAGGUUCUCACUCAGAUGGGGUCUCCAAGUAUCCGCUGCUCCAGUGUUUCUUAAAGAGAAGCAGCUUGGUGACAGGAUAUAUCAUUCUGUGGGCCAAGUGAGCAAAGAGACUAAGCUUUAGGAGAAAACAAGUCUGUUGCUUCUUAGUCCAUUGUUAACAUGCUUAGACAAGAGACAGCAAACGGAGGCCAAGCAAUUGACAGCCACAGUCUGGUUAGUUUCAGUAGACAGACUUAUCAGUGGGACGACAUCUCAUUGGCCCAGUUCAAGGACUCUUGAUCUUGAACUUACAAGAACUCCGAUAAAAGCCGGUUCUAACUGCACACCAUUAUCCAGGAUAAUCCAAAUGCUGCUGUCCACAUACACCUUAAUUCCAGAUGCACGACUUAGAGCCAGUGGACUUGGCCUGCAUUAAAAAAUAACCAUCUUGGGGUUGUGAAUCUGGUCAGAACAUUUCUGUUUAAUUCAGUGGUGUACCUUGCCCUAAAGUUGCCAAGCUUCCUUCACUACAAAGACAGGAGAUCUAAGUAUACAGCUAAUUUGUAUAUAGCUGCAGGACCAGGCCCGGACUGGCAAUCUGUGGGUUCUGGCAAAUGCCAGAGGGGCUGCUAUAUGGCUCCAUAGAAAGUUACCAUAUAGUGGGCUGGUAGGAGGCUGUUUGGGCCUCUGUGUACUUGGA